AUGAGCAGGACACAGGACUCCAUCUCGUUCAUCCUGGGCCUGAACCAGCUCGACGAUGUCUCGGAUACGGGCCCGAUUGAGACCACCGAAUCCAACGAACUGCUUGCCGGUCUAAACAUGAUGCCGCCCGCAACCUCGGAGACGCGGGAGGAUACAGUAUCAAAUUUUACAAACCAGCUGUCGCUAUGGACGAAUGCGAGCUUUAGCUUUGACGGGCCGAUGGGGCACGCACUGAUCGGGGAUGAAGAGAAAAAGGAGGAUCUUGAUAAGCCGAACGAAGCGGCGCUGCGGGACGAGCACGAAGAACGGAUGCAGCGGUACUUUGCCGCGUCCAGUGCAUACUCCAACGCUGCGCGGGACAAGAACCGCGAUCGGGAAUUGGACGCGAUGAAUCCAUCAGGACCGGGGAAUGCAUUGCCGCAGCCUGCAUUCCAUGAACGGCUUGAAACGCCAGCAGCACACGCUCCGCUCCAUGCAUCUAACAGGGAAGCACGGCCGAUACCAGCGCCGCUGCAGUCAUUUGCAUCCACCAGCCAGCAGGUCCCGACGCCCCCGAAUGGCGGACCUUGGGACCUGACGUCGACGCUUGCUCUGCAGUAUCUUUUAUCGCGCAACCCAUCGAUGCUCGGAAACAUUCCGCAGCUGCAGAAUGGGGCACCGGCGCCGGUGCCGGUGCCGGCCCCGGGCGGACCUGUGGAUGUGGGGAUAGGCGCUGCAUGGGGACAGGCACAGCCCACUGUGCGCGAUGUACCGGAAAUGCUACCCGCGCAGCGACCCAAGCUCAACACGCCGACCAAGAAUGCCGAAGAAGCUCGCGUGCCGUGGGGCAAUGCAGUCUCGCCGAAAGCAGUGAAGAAGCGGCGCUCUUCGUUAGCGAUGCGCGACAAGGAAGAGCAGGCUGCGAAUGCGGACUACGAGAUGCUGAAAGAUGCCGAGGGAGGCGCACAGGAUCGCAUCAGACUGGUGGAUACGGGCAACAUCGAAGCCGAUGCGGAAGUGAACCGGCAAGCAAUCGAGGAGGAUAAGCGGCGGCGAAACACACUUGCAAGCGCACGGUUCCGCGUGAAGAAGAAGCAGCGCGAGGCCGCACUGGAGAUAUCGGCGCGCGAAUUGGAAGGUCAAGUUGCCGAGCUCCGCCAGGAAAACGAGCGGCUACGGACAGAGAAUGAAUGGCUGCGACGACUCGUCAAUGCCCGGCCAGAAGGACUCUCUGCGUUAUUGGGUGCGAAUAUGAACCCCGCGCCACCGCUCGAGUGA